UUUUCAACAGAGGAAACCCACUUUGGAGGAGCUGGUGAGACCCAUCCACAAUGGUUUCUCCAGUGCUCAUCUUGUUUUCAACUUUCCUCUUCCACGUGGCUAUUGCUGGACGGACCUGUCCCCGGCCAGAUGAUUUACCAUUUUCUACGGUUGUUCCUUUAAAAGCAGCCUAUGAUCCAGGGGAGCAGAUAGUGUACUCUUGCAAGCCUGGCUAUGUGUCUCGGGGAGGGAUGAGGCGUUUUACCUGUCCUCUCACAGGAAUGUGGCCCAUCAACACUCUGAAAUGUAUACCCAGAGUGUGUCCUUUUGCUGGAAUCUUAGAAAAUGGAGCUGUACGCUAUACAACUUUUGAAUAUCCCAACACGAUCAGCUUCACUUGUAACCCUGGGUUUUAUCUAAAUGGAACCAAUUCUGCUAAAUGCACUGAGGAAGGAAAUUGGAGUCCAGAGCUUCCUUCCUGUGCUCAAACAUCAUUCAAGAUAGCCUUCAGAUCAACUGUCACUUGCCCACCACCACCAGUACCUAAGUUUGCAACCCUUAAAACAUAUAAGCCAUCAGCUGGAAACAACUCCCUGUAUCGGGAUACAGCAGUCUUUGAAUGCUUGCCACAUCAUGCUAUGUUUGGAAAUGAUACAGUUACAUGCACAGCCCAUGGAAACUGGACUGAAUUACCAGAAUGUAAGGAAGUAAAAUGCCCAUUCCCCUCAAGACCAGACAACGGGUUUGUGAACUAUCCAGCAAAGCAGGUGCUUCUUUACAAGGAUAAAGCCACGUUUGGUUGCCAUGAUACAUAUACACUGGAUGGCCCGGAAGAAGUUGAAUGCACCAGGGCAGGAAAUUGGUCUGCCCAGCCAAGCUGUAAAGCAACUUGCAAGAUAUCUAUUAAAAAAGCCACAGUACUGUACCAAGGAGAGAGAGUCAAGAUCCAGGAACAGUUUAAGAAUGGAAUGAAACAUGGUGACAAAGUCUCUUUCUUCUGCAAAAAUAAGGAAAAAAAAUGCAGCUAUACUGAGGAGGCUCAGUGCAUAGACGGCACCAUUGAAAUUCCCAAAUGUUUCAAGGAGCACAGUUCUCUCGCUUUCUGGAAGACGGACGCAUGGGAUGUGAAGGCGUGCUGAAGUCAUUUUCGGAGUCAAAAUUCAAUGCCACAUCUGUACCUCUUCUUGUCCAAGGAAUCCAAUUGAAAUGGAAAAAUAAAGUUACUGAAUCGAUGGCCUCA